CACACAGUCAGAGUGAGACUAGAGAGAACUAUGGAACGCCAUUGGGGCCAAAACCGUCUGAGAAAUAUGGAACGCCAUAUUUUUUCUGAGAAAAUACGCCCUAACAAGGCAAAAUAGACCACGUAAAAAAUGAACGCGUGCAAAAUAGACCACGUAAAAAAUGAACGCGUUCAAAAUACCCGCGAGAACAGGCGCUGCUACAGAGACAACACGCUGGAAAGAAUGGGUCAAGAUUAUUAUGCUGCUUUGGAUAUAAAUAGAAGUGCCAGUGACGCAGACAUCAAAAAAGCUUACCGACGACUUGCAUUGAAAUACCACCCUCACACAAACUGUCAAAUGGGUGCCUAUGAAAAGUUCAGUCAGAUUGCUGAGGCAUACGAUGUUUUGAGUGACCCGAGGAAGAAAGCUACAUAUGAUAAGUUUGGGGAAGAAGGUCUGAAAGGUGGCAUUCCACCUGAUUGUGGAGGGAAUGGAGCUUGGACCACUGGGUAUACCUAUCAUGAAAAUCCAGAAAAGGUCUUCAGAGAUUUCUUUGGUGGGGACAACCCCUUUUCAGAUUUUAACGUUGAGGACACAAGUGAAGUUAACAUAAGGUUUGGGGGCCUGCAUGGUCGGGGGGUGAAAAAGCAAGAUACCCCAAUUGAGAGAGAUCUGCACCUGGCUCUGGAGGACCUGUUCUUUGGAUGUACUAAGAAGAUCAAAAUAUCUCGCCGGGUUAUGAAUGAAGAUGGACAUACAUCCAGUAUCAAGGACAAGAUUCUAACCAUCCAUGUAAAACCAGGCUGGAAGCAAGGGACAAGAAUAACUUUUGAAAAAGAGGGUGACCAGGGACCCAACAGUAUCCCAGCAGACAUCGUUUUCAUCGUACGGGAGAAGAGGCACGUCCGGUUUUCCCGGCAACAGGAUGAUCUAAUCUACACAUCCCACAUCUUCCUGGAGAAGGCUCUGACCGGGUUCUCUGUGGAGGUGGAGACCCUGGACUCCAGACUUCUCAACAUUCCCAUCAACGACAUUGUGCACCCUAAAUACAGCAAGGUGGUGCCAGGUGAAGGAAUGCCCUUAUCCGAUGACCCCAGUCAGAGAGGGGACCUCAUUAUCCAGUUCGACAUCCACUUCCCAGAAAAACUGUCUUCGGAAAAGAAGAGGCUGAUCAAGCAAGCCCUUGCCAUUUGAACUUUCACAAACAAUGUUUUAAACUAUUAAACCAUUGUUAUAUUUA